AUGUCGACCACAAAUAUAUCAUCAGAGGUUACAACACUGAUAGCUUUCAUAAAAACUCUCACAAAUCCACAACUUAAAGACUUGUUGAGAUAUGAGAGUCUCCCAGUGUCCGGACUGAAGGCGACUCUUCAGUUCCGUAUAAUCGAACGACUCCAACUUCUCUCGGAAUCUGACGCUGUCAGUUUCGAUGCCCUAGCCAGGCGCAUCCGUGCUACUGCUUUUCCAAAUACUGCGCCAUAUCAAUCACCCUCUGGACCACGAUAUCAACCACCGCCUGUCUCUCAAUCUCCUGCCCAGAGUCGAUCUACGGCCCACGGGAUCUCUAUGUCACCUCACCCACACCCUUCUGGUCCGAGUGCUCCUCUCAUGAAACCUCCCGCGUCCGCUCAUACAUCCCCAGGUCCUCUGGUAUUCAAGGAAAGCCCAUUCUUUACUAUUCUGGAGCCUUUGACUCCAGUUGUGGAGUGUAAAGUUCGCGAACAAACACGGGAUAGUGUCGAAUUAAAGGUCAUGCUUUCCCAGCAAAUCGCUUAUAGGCUGCAAAGUGACCCGAAUAUUCGAGUCAUGGUUUAUUGUGCUGGUGACUCGGGUCUCACACAGUACACCAAGUCGGAUAUCACAUUUCCCCAUCAGGUGGAGCUCAAAGUGAAUCUUGAUGAAGUCAAAGCCAAUCUCAGGGGUCUGAAGAAUAGGCCAGGUACUACGCAGCCUGCAGAUAUAACCAACUGGAUCCGCAAAAAGCCCAAUUACCCGAAUAAUAUUGUCAUGACUUAUGCAUUGACGCAAAAGGUUGAACUCGUUACAAAAUUCUUCACGCUCGCAAAUCUCGUGAAGCAGCACCCGACUGAUGAUCUUGUCUCACAGUUGAAGACGCGAAAACUCAUCUCAAAGGAGCAAGUGAUACGCGAAAUGCAAAACCGCGCAAAAGACUCGGAAAUUGUUGCGACAUCAAGUGUCAUGUCCCUCAAAUGCCCUCUAUCUACCCUUCGCAUCCAAGUGCCUUGCCGUUCCAUUAUUUGCACGCACAACCAAUGCUUUGAUGCAUCUUCAUUUCUUGAAUUACAGAAGCAAGCUCCGACCUGGACCUGCCCUGUUUGUUCUAAAUCAACCAGCUUUGAGUCUCUGCAAGUUGACCAGUAUGUGGAUGACAUUCUUAAAACAACCUCGCCGGACAUAGAUCAAGUUACUGUCGAGCCAGACGGAGUUUGGUCAAGUCCUACGGAUUCAGAUGCAAGAAAGUUGGGCGGAAUGACGCCCACGUCAGACGACGACGACGACGACUUGAUCGAGAUCAGCGAACCGGGGCUCCCCGUGGUAAAGCAAGAACCUGGACACCUGAAUAUUACCUUGGAACGAACCCCUGCGCAGUCGCAAUCACGGGAGGCAUCAACCCCAUCCUCUACGAUGCGCUUGUCAAGCAAAAAGCGACCUAUCUCCCAUGUUAUCGAUCUCACCGAAAGCGGCGACGAAGAAGAUGUGUCCCCCGCCCCGCCUUGUAAACGGCCAGCUCCAAAUUUGCCGUCCCGAGCUUUUCCCCUGCAGGACUAUCACAUCCCAUCUGCCAGCAGCCCUUUGAAUGGCGGGUCAUACCCAUCACGAACUUAG